AUGCCAGGUGGUACCGAACGCGAAAGUUCAGUUGUAAACACCAAAUUGAGUCAAUAUAAAAGUGAGGUCACAGAUAGUGUUCAUACAUCUCCGAAAGAAAUGGAAGGUCUGUCGGAUGCGAUAAUGGAGGAGGUAACAGGUGUCACAGUAACGCCGAAUGAAGUAACAACGAAUUGUUUAACGAACACGGAGGCGAAUGAUCCAGUAGACACGAAAAUAGAUGCCUCUGGAGAUGUUAUAAUGCUAGAUUCAUUGGAAGAAAAGACUGGCGAUUCGGUACUAGGGUCAAAAUGUGAUCGAGUGGGUGUAAUCGCGAACGGUCCCAAUGGUAUGGUAGCAGAUGGCUCGCUUGACAAAUCGACUGAUAAUUCAGAAAUAGAAUCAAAAAGCAAUUCCGUAGAUGUAUCGAAGGAUGAAUUGAUAGAAAAAGUGACAAUGGGAGAUACAACUAGUAAGCCGCCUGAUAGUUCAGAAGAAGCAUUAAAGAAUCAUUCGGUAAAUGAUUUGAUGAACAAAUCAGAGUCAGAAAUGUUAGUGGAAAAGUUAACGAAUACGAACAUUAGGGAAUUAUCAGGUGUGACAGCGGAUGAUAAUACGGACUCGAAUGUACAACAUUCAUAUAACAAGUCUACCGAUGAACCAGAAGUGGCAAAAGAUAGUCCUACAGAUACGGCGGCGGAUAGUCCUGAUGGUAUAACUAUUAAGGAUACAUGUGACAAUCAAGUUGAUAAUUCGGAGAUAACGUCAAAGGAUAGCUCAGCGGAGGCAAUCGAACCCACAGAAGAACCAUCGAAUACGUCAAAGAACGAACCUGACAUCAAAGAUUCAUUGGGGGCGAAUGAUUUGCGGGAAGAUUUGGGAAGUGCAACGGUAGACAGAUCAAUUGAUGCAACCAACUCGGAAGGAGUUUUAAAAAAUGAUAGUAAGGACGUGAAGAUAGGAGGUGAAUCGGCAACAUGCGGGUCGACGGAUGCAGUGAGAGAUAAUUCAAAAGAUGAUUGUUCAUCUGGUAAACCUAAUGUAGAAAUGCCUAGCGACAGCCAUCAAGAUGAGAGUGAAGAUUGGAAAGGAAAUAUUAAUAAGGAAUUGAGCAAUUCGGAUCCCAUUCACCAGGAUAAAUUAAUAGACCAGAGUAAAAACCGGGAAGAAAAGGAAGUAAGUAAUAAUUUAGUUAAGGUAAAUGAUUCAAGUACUAAUUUAGUUAAACCGGAUGCUGAGAGGGAAACGGAUGAGGAUUCGAAGUCGAUAAAGGAUAACGCACAUCAGGUGUCACCGGAAGAAAGUGGAUUAAAAGAUGAAGGAUCAGAGAGCACACAGGCCACACAACCAAGUCAAGGGAACUCGAAUGAUAUACCGACCGGAGUAACCUUUAUAGACCUCACCUCCGAUGACGAUAGAGAUGAUAUUAUAACGGUGAUAUCGUGGUCCUCAAUGGAUGCCAAUGUAGACGAAGACGAUCCACCGUCACUGGACGAUUUAGCUGUUUUCGAUGAGAUGUCGGCGGAGGCCGAUGAAUUGGAAGAGGAUGACAUAGAUGACGGAGAUGUGAGAAAAAGUGAGGAUUUUGAGGAAAAGGGAUUUAAAAUUGAUAAUUUGAUAAAGGGUAUGAGUGCUGGUACGAUGAUUAGUUUGAUUGAUAGUGUUAUGCCGUUGAACAAGGGGAAAAAACAUUUGUACUCUAGGAAAAGUGCUCGUUAG